AAAAUAGGGAAAAGGGUAGGAAAUUCGAAAUUUUGAUAGAAAGUUGCAUGUUCAUGUAUGAUGUAGCCCUUCUAGCCUAUAUUAUUAUUGAAGCUUUUGAGUUUUUCAAAAGAAUGCUUAAAUAUGGAUUUGUCAGAAAGAGGAUUAACUGCUGGAAAGCUUGUUGAUAUGAAAUGGAAGUUGGGUGUAGCAGUCUGCAGUGAUGAAUGUAAAUCAUUAAAUUCGCCAUUUGUGGCCAUGACACUUAAAGUAGCUGAUGCUUCAGGGAAAAUAUCAACACACACAUUUGAAUUGACCAUCCCACAGUUUCAGAAUUUUUCAGAGCAGAUGAAAGACAUGGCCGCUAGGAUGGAGAUGAUAUAAAAGACUGAAAAAGUGAAAAAUGUUUUGAAUCUUCAUUAUCAGUUGUUGCCUUUAAGGAUUGAGCAACAUUGAUAUUAAGAAGAAAAGGAAGACAUUUGAAAAACUUUCAUUAUGGAAUCUCUUGAAUAGAAAUGCUUCAGAUCUGAUUAUAUUAAUGUGAAUGUUAUGAAAGUUGUUAUAUCAAUUUUUCUUUUAUACACCUUCUUUUUUAAUGUCUUUUAAUGUUUACUUACUAAUAUCAAUAUACAACACAAAUAUCAUGAGUUAAACAUUUUAUAUAAUAAUAACUUAUAGAAUGAUAUAUUAUUGUAAUCAAUAAAUCAUAUGAAU